AUGUCGACGAUAUCAGAUAUCGAACGAAUUAAUCAUUUAGAAUGGCGUUUAAAACGUUUGGAAAUUUUUUUAGGAAAAUCCGAUAAUAAAAAACGAAUUAAUGAAACAAUUAAAGAUCUGAAUGAACAGGUAGUUCGACAUGCUAAUAAUAAUAAUAAUGCCAAAGCAUUAUUAAAUAAAGCCGAUGAAAUUAAUCGUUUAACAAGUUCUGACUUUCAACGUCGGUUAAUGGCUGAUCGAGCAACAAAAUUAGAAUUAAUUCUUGCUGAUGAAGAACGUAUUCAUGAAAUAACAGAAAAUCUCUCGAAAAUCGAUACAUUAGCUCGCGUACUCAAUGGCGAAGAUUUUAAAGAAAUACCAAAAUUAUUCGCAAGUUUAAAUAAAUUAUUGAUUAUUCAUAAUGACACCAAGAUUCAACAUAGUGACUUUACACAAGAAUUAAGUAGUUUCUUACAAAAUUAUGCUGCAUUUACUUUAAUGAUGGAUGAAAAUCUUCAACAAUAUAAACAAAUAUUAAAUAGAAACCAAAAAGCAUCAGCCGAAAUUCAAGACAAUCCAAUUGAUGAUGAAUAG